CCUGUCAACACUCCUUCAUCGAUAACUGGUUUCCCAUUGCAUCAUUCCCCUUCCAUUCCCCACGGACAACCUCCGCAUAUAACCAAGCUUCUCCCGUUCGAUAUCUCGCCCUCGCCUCAGUCUUUUUAUCAAUCGAAUAUUUGCAAUUUGAGCAUGUCUCGGAGGACAUCCACCAUGCCGUCGAAUACGUCUCAGAAUAGCGGUGUCCCACCUGCGGGUGAUGGAGGACAAGAAAAGCAAAAGAUGCUCCUUUCAGCAGAAACGGGUCAUUUUAGCAUGGUCAGAGCUUUACAUCUCGCCGAUCUUGUGACUGAACUGAAUGGAUUCUGCGGAGUGAUGUCUGUCUUUUCGUCAAUGCGCUACUGUCUCGGGGAUCCCACCGAUUAUUCCUCUCUCUGGGCUGCUCUUACGUUUAUGCCUUUUGGACUCUUCUUUGAUUUCAUGGAUGGCAAGAUCGCUAGAUGGAGGAAGAAGUCUUCUCUGAUGGGACAAGAGCUCGACUCCUUGGCGGAUCUGAUCUCCUUCGGAAUGGCACCCGCCGCUGCAGCGUUCGCCAUCGGCAUCCGCACCCCUGUCGACCACUUCUUCCUGACGUUCUUCGUUCUCUGCGGACUGACCAGAUUGGCGCGUUUCAACGUGACCGUUGCUGUUCUUCCCAAGGACAAGACCGGCAAGUCCAAGUAUUUCGAGGGCACGCCCAUCCCAACCACCCUAUCCAUCGCAGCAUUUAUGGCCUACUGUGUCUCUCAGGACUGGGUCCAGGACAAUCUACCAUUGGGCCUCGCGGGCGAAGGAACCGCGUUCGAGUUCCACCCCCUUGUGCUUCUUUUUGUGCUACAUGGCUGUCUAAUGGUCAGCAAGACGCUGCACAUCCCCAAGCCUUAGAGGAGAUUCGACUUAUGAAAAUGAAAGGCUCAACAGACGCGCGUCCAAUCUGUCUGAGCCGAGGUUUCCAUUUCUUGAUAGAGAUGUCUUAAAUGAGCAUAUAUACUGAGGGAAAACCUACGUCAAAAGUGGACAUCGAAGUAUUUUUGG